AUGAACACUCAGGGUAUUCUACAGCCCCAACAGCCCCAACAGCCCCAGCAGCCUCAGCAGCAACCCCAAGGAAUAGUGCCUCCUCAGUUUUUUGCCCAUGGCAUGCAUAGUCACUGGGCACCAACUCCAGUCUUCAACGGCUUUGAGCCUCAAGUCAUUCCUGGACAUGGCAUGAUUCAACCUCGAGAUUUCUACCAAGGUUAUCAGCACCAGUCACUUCCGCAAAGCGGCCAUAACCAGAGCUCCUUCUAUCACCCCCACCCCCACCAGCAAAGCUAUGCCUAUCCCGAUCCGAUGUUUCAUGACGACAUGUUUCAAGACCGCUCUGGUUCUGUCAGAUCUCCGCAAGUCAUAACAUGGAACACGGCCAACACCAACACUAAUGAGAACACCAACAUCUACGGAGGACAACCCUGGUCCGUGAUCAGCGCCGCAGAGCGUGGAUAUACCUCCCACCAGAAUACCGGAUGGGUUGACGCUGGUCAUGCUCCAGCAUCUGGUAGUGCGAGUGUUCCUCCCGGAGGCAACCUGAACGCCAGUGUAAGCGCGAUGCCGACAAGCGGCCCAGAACCUUUAGCUGCAAGCCCUGUGACCGCAGUUAUCAAGCUCGACCCUGCACAGGAAUCUACCGAUGGCCAGUCCUAUCACUUUGACGAUGCCAUGGAAGCCAUGGGACACUGA